GCGAAUCAGGGCUCAUCGAACAACCCACAAUGUUGCUUGGCUGCGCACAGCCUCAAGAGCCUCGUCAACCACGGAUGGAGAACGAGAGCCCAACAGCCCUGCCAGACUUUUCUGCCUUCAGCUUGACAACCCCAGCCAAGAGUCCAGUACUAUCCGGUCCGUCGUCCCGCCAGGGAUACGAUGACGACCCCAGGCGAUGUCAUCGCCAUCCUCGGCUUAUUCGAGCGCGUGGCCGUUGAGCUGCGCAACUACAAGGACGCCCCCGCACAUUUCCAGCACCUCGGCGUCGAGCUCGAUCUCCUCCGCAGCACACUGCGCCAUACCCUCCAACUCCAACCCGAGAACGACGAUGAGCGUCAGGUCCUCAGCAAGGUUGGCGCCAUCGCCACGCACUGCCUGCAGCCUCUCCAGGCUAUGGCCGACAAGAUGCGGUCUAAGGAGAGCAGCCUCGGCCAUUUCCGAACAACGACGUGUCUGGUGAAUAUCGGGACCCGGGUCCACUGGUCCCUGAUCGCCCGCAAGGAUGUCGACGAGCUUCGGAAGGUUGUUUUGGCUGAGAUGGUGGCCAUUAAUAUACUUCUGAGCACCCAGCAGCUGAGUCAGAUCAAGCGCCUCUCUGCCGAGCUUAAAGGGGUAGAAAACGUACAGUCCGCCCUGAUUAACAAGCACUCAACCGCUCUCAUAGAGCAGACAUCGUCCAUGUUCAAGAUCGUUGCCGCAACACCAGACGCAAUCGCAGACCUUCGGACCAUCACAGUCGAGCAGGCAGUGAGACAGUCGGCGGAGGGGCAGGCGCAUCACCGGGGAUUGGAAGCGGUUACAAAGCACAUAGAAGCGCUGUCACUCACGACCAAGCAGACCUGGACGGCCGCCCAGCGACACGCCGCCGCGAUGGGCCGCAUGGUCAAGAGGCUGAAUGCGUUGAUGGGGGACAUUAGGAAGCUUUUUUCUUUACGAUUGCUGCUUUAUAUCGCCAGCCAGAUGAAGCGCGUUGUGGAUACCCUCGACGGCAUGCCACGCGGCCUUGGAGUAAGUAUUAUUCGUCUCGACGACGCCUUGGGCGAUACUUGGGGACUGCCCUUGCAGGCCUGUGAGAGCUGGGAUUCAUUUUACAACAUGCUUCGGCUCGUUGUGUUUGCGGGCAAGCCAGGCCUCGACCGGGUCGUAAGCGGACAGUUUGUUAUUACGAUGGCAAGGACAGGCGUGAGACUCGAUGCGUGGAACUGGGAUCAUUGCAUCAAGAGGGACAUCCAUCUCGAGCAAGCCAUGAUGAUCCCCUCGCCGGGAUCAGGGUCGAAAGGAUGCCCCUUUCCGGGGUGCGUUGGCACCAUUUUAUCGGGGGCUGAUGGCGAGAACACAUGCUCGACGUGUGGGCGCCAGUCAACGACACGAAAAAGAAUUAGUGUUGCCCUACUACUAGAGACGGAACUACCGCGCCCCCCAUCUGCAGAACCACCGCCGAACAUGUUGCAAAACCCGCGUGGAGUUAGCCUACCGCAAUUGCGGGUGCCAGCCGACGAGUAUCAGCAUUUUCGCCGAGUCCAGAUUCAGGAACCCAUGGAACCGAUCCAAGAUAUCGACGAGGCGUACCGCAGACUGGAUGAGGAUGGAACAGACGCCUCGGCCAAUGGUUUUCUGGGCUUCGAGGCGUUGCAGCGGGCCGAGGAGAUUCGUGGUCAGGGUGACCUUGACGCUUCUGAACAUUUUGACGAGGCGGUGCGGCGGCUCGGGACAGCCUUACGCUCAGAGUCUUCUAUUGCGGAGCAUUGGUAUCUUCUGGGCAGAGCAUACAGCGGCAUGGGAGAGUACAGUAAGGCGUACGAGGCACUUCAGAAGGCGGUGUACUUGAGGGGGCGAAUUCCAAACUUUUGGGUCACGGUUGGCAUCUUGUACUACCGUAUAGACCAGCUCCGGGAUGCUCUGGAUUCCUUCACCAGAGCGAUACGUCUCAACCCGCGCUUGUACGUCAGCUGGUACAACAUAGGAGUUUUGUACGAAGCCGCCGAGGAGCCGGCAGACGCCACGGACGCUUUUCAGCACUGCCUGGAGCUAGCCCAUCCUCGGAAACUUCCAGCAUUGGAAGCGCGGUUGCAGGUUCUAACGAGCCGCCGUGGGACAAACGCUAGCCCAGGUAGCGAAAGAAUCCUUGCUAUGCUCGAGACUGAACUGCGACCCAGUCUUGAGAAAGGCAAUUAUUCCGAGGAUGCAAAUAUAUCUCUUCGCCCGCUGGCGCGACCUUCAAGGUCCGGGCCGGACCGGAUCCAGCCGUCGCCGAUUUCAGAGUUCCAGGCCCAGGUUCACCACGCGGCCGAGUUUAACCGGCGGGUUAACCAGCAGCGAGAUAUGCGCAGUGACUAUAUGCAGAACAUUUGGCGCAGACCGCACGAACACCCCCCUCCGACAACACCGAGCUCGCCUGUUAGCUCGACCAAUGGUACUUGACUGUGCCGACUAGCUGGGCCGGCCCGGCAAAAAGAACAAAAAAAAAAGAAAAUCAAGAAAAAUAAAUGAAAUAGAAGGAUAUCGAGAAAAAUAAAAGAAAUAAAACAAAUGGGGCAAAAGAAAAGUAAACGGAGUAAAUGUAGUUUCUUUGGACUUUAGAGUACCUAGCUUUCGUUUUGUUCCUACAGUCGA